AUGGCGCGCCGCUCCCAAGUUGGGAGGCUUUUGCUGCUGCUGCUGCUGCCGCUGCUGCUGCUGCUGCUGCAGCCCCAGUGUCGUGCAGCCCCUCAGUCUGGCGUCAUUCUAAAUGUAUCCUUUCAUAUACUAGACCCCUGGGCGCCGAGCAGCAGCAGCAGCAGCAGCAGCAGCGAGUGGAAGCCCUUGGGUACGGUUGAGCUCAGCAGCUUCACAGCUGCAGGUCCUGCUGCUGAGUGGACAUCCUUUCAAGGGAAGGCGUUUGCUGCUGCACUGCAGCAAGCACAGCAGCAGCAGCAGCAACAGCAGCAGCAGCAGCAGCAGCAGCACGAGCACGAGUCCUUAUUCCCUGCCCUGUCUCUUAAGGCAGAGCGGGGCCCUGGGGCCCCACCGCUGUUAACAACGAUUCCGCUGUCUCUGCUUCGCGAUCAGCAGCAGCAACAGCAGCAACAGCAGCAGCAGCAGCAGCAGCAGCAGCAGCAAGGAGGGUUGGCGAGGUGUGAAGACACCGCGCACCCCUUCACUUUGGAGCUGUACUUGGGGAGUUCUUCGUUAUACCCCGUGGGCUUAUCCCUAUUAGAUGCAGCAGCAGCAGUAGAGUUGCAGCAGCAGCAGCAGCAGCAGCAGCAGCAGCGCCGUCGCGUCUUCUGUUCCUUCGAGAAGCCUGCUCUGCUGCUGGUAUCUUCUCCUAAAGAAGCAAAUGCCUCCGUGCUGCUUCCUGCUGCUGCAACACCGCAGCCCGCGACUACUCAGCAGCAGCAGCAGCAGCAGCAGCAACAGCAGCAGCAGCAACAGCAGCAACCCUCCUUGUUGCAGACAUACUGGUGGGUGCUGCCAGUAAUUUUGCUGCUACAAGUCUUAGCAAAGGGCCUCUCACCAGAAGAGGAAGCCCCCCCUCCUGUGUCUCCUGCAGCAGCAGCAGCAGCAGCAGCAGCAAGAAACAGCAGCAGGCAGCAGGGCGUCCACCGUCGUAGGCAGUAG